UGCCGUGCACGGUCUUCUUUAUCCUCGACGCAUUAUAAGUUUUAGUUUAAUCAAGUUUAUAGCUUCCAUAUUUGGAAGGCCGAAUUCUCGGCCUCUGUUUCUACCAUCACCAACUCGGACAAAAAGGUCGGAGAGAGAUUUUAACCCCAACUCUCCCACUUCCUUCUCAAGGGUAAUGGCUUUCAGGCGCAUCUGCCGCUACGCCCGCCCUCGGCCUCCUCUUCCGCUCGCUGCAAUCGAAUCCCCGCGGCCGUCCCCGGAAUCGGCCACUCCGCCGCUCUCGGGGUUCUCUUCUCUCCUCCCCCUCUCGCCGCUUCUCCGCGCCGAUCGGACAUUCGCUUCCUCCUCUCUGUACUCUCCCUUUGAGGGCUUGUGGACUGCAGCAAGGGAUCGGUGCUUGACGACUCAGGCUUGGGUUGAUGUCCCUAUGGGAGGUGUGGUGGAGGUGCCUCUGGCGCAGACUGGGGAAGGUAUUGCCGAGUGUGAACUACUCAAAUGGUUCGUCAAAGAGGGUGAGGAGGUAGAAGAAUUCCAACCACUUUGUGAAGUACAGAGCGACAAAGCAACCAUUGAAAUCACAAGUCGUUAUAAAGGAAAAAUCCUUCAGAUUCUUUUUGCUCCUGGUGAUGUAGUCAAGGUUGGUGAAACUUUAUUGAAGAUAAGUGCAGAAGAUGCUCAGAGUCCUCUUACAUCUGAGUGUCAUGAGGAUGCAACAUCACUAAAUUCUGAGCUAUGUGAAUCAGAUUCUCAAAGAUCAUCGAAUAAAGAGGAGGCUUUUAAGGGCGUUCUGUCUACACCUUCUGUUAGGCAUCUUGCAAAGCAGUAUGGUCUAAACAUAAAUGAUAUUCAAGGAACAGGAAUAGAUGGAAGAGUAUUGAAAGAAGAUGUCUUGAGCUAUGCUGCUAGCAAGGGUAUUCAGGAAGAACGACCUUCCCUUUCACAAGUCAAUAUUGUUGAACAUGGGCUGUUGAAAGAAGCGAAAGCAUUUCACAUGGACAUGCUAGAUGAAAAAUGCUAUGAGGAUACAACAAUUCCUCUCAGGGGAUUUCAGAGGUCUAUGGUUAAAUCAAUGACCAUGGCUGCCAAAGUCCCACAUUUUCAUUAUCUAGAAGAAAUAAAUUGUGAUGCUCUUAUAGAACUUAAAGCAGCCUUUCAGAAUGACAAUGCAGAUCCAAAUGUGAAACACACCUUUCUUCCAUUUUUCAUAAAGUCUCUUUCAAUGGCGUUGAGUAAAUAUCCCCUCUUAAAUAGUUCCUUCAAUGAAGAAAAUACUGAGGUCAUCCUGAAAGGCUGCCACAAUGUUGGUGUUGCUAUGGCUACUCCCAAUGGUUUAGUCGUACCAAACAUAAAGAAGGUUCAAUCACUUUCUAUAUUGGAGAUUACGAAGGAAUUAUCACGCUUACAGCAGAUGGCAUCAAAUAACAAGCUGAAUUCUGAAGAUAUUACAGGGGGAACAAUAACUAUAAGCAACAUUGGAGCAAUUGGUGGCAAAUUUGGCUCUCCACUGCUCAACUUACCUGAAGUUGCCAUAAUUGCAAUUGGACGGAUUCAAAAACUACCCCGCUUUGAUGAUGAUGAAACUGUUUAUCCCGCUUCUGUUACCAAUGUCACAAUUGGAGCAGAUCAUAGAGUUGUAGAUGGAGCUACUGUUGCAAGAUUUUGCAAUGAGUGGAAACUUCUGGUGGAAAAGCCAGAGCUACUCUUGCUGCACAUGAGAUGAUUUGGAGAAAUAACAGAAUGUGGAGCCCAAUCUGCAAUGAUACAUUUGACUAUUAUGUUCUCUCCUGAACAAAGAGAAGCCAAUAAAGGUUUUAUAGGUACACAAUCGUAAAUUUUUUCAAUGGAUGUAACCCAUAUGUUCGAGUGGGAUGUAAUAGGUAAACCCUUUAUGACAGUGACAUGUAAUGUGGUCUUCAGUGAUUUAUGUAACAAUUUGUGUGGCUCCAUCCUUAAUUUCUGAAGAAUUUACCA